CAUGGAGAGGAUCUUCUUCUUCUAACCUAAGACCCCAAUCUCGACAGAGGCUGCUUCUUCACCUCCAACCCAGCCGCAACACCACUCAACGGAAAAAACAAAAGAAGAAGACCAACGAACUCCUAAAAACGACCACCCCUUCAGCCAGUGCCCACCACUCCCUUUCACCAACCAAAAUCACCCCCCGCCAGCUGCACUCCCAAGCAACGAACAGACACUGAACACAUGCCCUAGAAGACCACCCUAAGCCAUCAGCGAAUAACGAACCCUAAUGUAGAAUUUUCUGUUGGCCUCUUCUAUUUCAUACAUACUCAUUCCAUUAUCUUUUCACCAUUCAGCAUCUCUAUACGAAAAUUCAGCAGUCUGAUCUUUGAUAUCAUGGGAGAGAAGAAUCAACCGAAUGCCCUAGAAACACAAUGGGGAAGGGACGAGAUAGAGAUUGCCGAGAGGAAGAGCAACAGAAGGGCCUCGGAAUAGAGAGACGAGAGGAGAUUUCAGACGUUUUGAUUAGGGAAAACAAGUUGAUUGAGUUUGAGGGUGGCUCGAAUUUAUCACUGGAGUUUGCUUGGUUUAGUCCGAGAUUUCCGGUGCCGUGCGUGUUCCAGUUCGCAGUUCCUACAUCAUUCCGUCUUUACUUUCUCGCUUGGAUUUUGGCACAAGGCUUGUACUCGCUGAUUUCUUCCUUGUUAUUAAAGGAAGAUUGCUGUAUCAGGUCCAUUCCCCUCUUCCUCUUCCUCCUCUUUAUAUUUUGAUUAAUGUUUGAUUAAUAUGUGAUUAAGUUAUGGUACUUCUCACUCUCUUGGUUUCAUUAAUUUCAAUCUCUUCUAUGUGUCUUAUUAA